AUGAAAGCCGAAUGUGCAUGCUCCAUCACUGCCAAGGACCCUCACCCAACCGAUCAUACCGAGAUCCAGAUUCCUCCCAUGGGUCCACCCCCCGAUCUUGCCUCAAAAGAACUUCAGUUCAAGCAUCUAGGCUCGCAGUUCUACGACAAUGAUGGAGGGGGGUUCUAG